AAAGCCCCGAAAACAAUUUUAAGAUGGCGGCGGCAGCGGCGCGGAAAACAAUGGGGCAGGGGUGUAGGGGAUAGGCCGAGGCCUGAGGCAGGCGGCGAGCGCUGGCCUGGAGUCGGGCCGAGCGGGGUCGGAGGAAGACCUGCCGCCGCGCCCGAGCCCGCUCCGCAGCCCGCUGGGGCAUGGCGCGGCCGUGAGGCGGACCGGGGCCGCCAGAAGCGGAGGAACUCCAAGUGCCAGCCGGCACCGGGAGGCCCGGGCCCGGCCCGCGCCGCCCGCGGCCCAUGGUGCUGCCCACCUGCCCCAUGGCGGAGUUCGCGCUGCCGCGGCACAGCGCGGUCAUGGAGCGCCUCCGCCGGCGCAUCGAGCUGUGCCGGCGCCACCACAGCACCUGUGAGGCCCGCUACGAGGCCGUGUCUCCCGAGCGCCUGGAGCUCGAACGCCAGCACACCUUCGCCCUGCACCAGCGCUGCAUCCAGGCCAAGGCCAAGCGCGCCGGCAAGCACCGGCAGCCGCCCGCCGCCGCCCCGGCCCCGCCAGCCGCCCCGGCCCCCGCCCCGGCCUCGGCGGCCGCGCGCCUGGACGCAGCCGACGGCUCGGAGCACGGCCGCCCGGUCGCGCAUCUUCAUGAUACAGUGAAGAGGAAUCUUGACAGCGCAGCCUCCCCUCAGAAUGGUGAUCAACAGAAUGGCUAUGGAGACCUAUUUCCUGGGCAUAAGAAAACCCGCCGGGAGGCCCCUCUGGGUGUCGGUGUGUCUGCCAAUGGGCUUCCUCCUGCCUCACCCCUUGGUCAGCCUGACAAACCUCCUGGGGGUGAUGCCUUGCAGUCUGGGGGGAAGCACUCCCUGGGGCUAGAUUCCAUCAACAAGAAGUGCCUGGCAGACUCGAGUAUCCACCUGAACGGAGGCAGCAACUCCAGUGAGCCAUUUCCUCUAAGCCUGAGUAAAGAACUCAAGCAAGAGCCAGUGGAUGACCUGCCAUGCAUGAUCACAGGGGCUGGAGGCUCUGUAUCCCAGAGCAAUCUCAUGCCUGAUCUCAACCUUAAUGAGCAGGAGUGGAAGGAGCUCAUUGAAGAGCUGAACAGGUCCGUGCCCGAUGAAGACAUGAAAGAUCUGUUUACUGAGGACUUUGAGGAGAAGAAGGAUCCAGAGCCCCCUGGGUCUGCCACACAAACCCCCUUGGCUCAGGACAUUAAUAUUAAGACUGAGUUCUCUCCAGCAGCCUUUGAGCAGGAGCAGUUAGGUUCUCCACAAGUGAGGGCUGGGUCUGCAGGACAGACUUUUCUGGGACCUUCAUCUGCCCCUGUGGGCACAGAUUCUCCAAGCCUUGGGAGCUCUCAGACAUUGUUUCACACCACUGGUCAACCUGGAGCGGACAAUCCCAGUCCAAACCUGAUGCCGGCAUCAGCCCAGGCCCAGAGUGCACAAAGAGCCCUCGCAAGUGUGGUAUUGCCUAACCAAGGCCCAGGAGGGGCCUCAGAGCUCUCUUCUGCUCAUCAGCUCCAGCAGAUAGCUGCCAAGCAGAAGCGUGAGCAGAUGCUGCAGAAUCCACAGCAAGCUGCCCCAGCACCUGCCCCGGGCCAGCUGUCCACAUGGCAGCAGGCGGGGCCGUCCCACAGUCCCUUAGAUGUCCCUUAUCCCAUGGAGAAGCCUGCCAGCCCUCCUGGCUAUAAGCAAGACUUUACCAACUCAAAACUGCUCAUGAUGCCAGGUGUAAACAAGAGUUCUCCUCGGCCAGGAGGCCCCUACCUCCAACCUAGCCACUCGAACCUGCUGAGUCACCAGUCACCAAGUAACUUGAAUCAGACCUCUGUGAAUAACCAAGGGUCUGUGCUAGACUAUGGCAAUACAAAGCCCCUUUCUCAUUACAAAGCAGACUGUGGACAAGGUGGCCCUGGGUCUGGCCAAAACAAACCAGCUUUGAUGGCCUAUCUGCCCCAACAGCUGCCCCAUCUGAGUAAUGAGCAGAACUCCUUGUUUCUGAUGAAACCAAAGCCAGGAAACAUGCCCUUCCGGUCACUGGUUCCACCUGGCCAGGAGCAGAACCCCUCCAGUGUCCCUGUACCAGCCCCGACUGCCAGCGUGGGGACUCAGCCUAGUGUGUCUGUGGCCAGCACUCAUAGCAGCUCCCCAUAUCUCAGCAGCCAGCAGCAGGCAGCUGUGAUGAAGCAGCACCAGCUGCUCCUGGACCAGCAGAAGCAGCGGGAGCAGCAGCAGCAGUUUCUUCAGAGGCAGUACCUCCUGGCUGAGCAGGAGAAGCAACAGUUUCAGCGUCAUCUGACCCGCCCACCUCCCCAGUACCAAGACCCAACACAAAGCACCUUCCCACAGCAGGUUGGACAGUUCCCAGGACCUUCUGCUGCUGUGCCUGGUAUGAACAACUUGGGUCCAUCCAAUUCCAACUGUCCUCGAGUGUUCCCUCAGCCUGGGACUCUGAUGUCAAUGGGUCCUGGACAUGGCCCUGUUUCCUCUCUCCCCGCCAGCUCAGGCCAGCAGGACCGAGGAGUGUCCCAGUUUACUGGGUCCCAGAGCUUGCCUCAGAACAGCCUUUAUGGCAUGGCCUCUGGCCUCGCCCAGAUAGUUACCCAGCCCCCACCACAGGCUACCAGCACACAUGCCCACAUUCCACGGCAGACCAACGUGGGCCAAAAUGCCUCCACUCCAGCUGCCUAUGGACAGAACUCUCUGGGGAAUGCUGGCCUCUCCCAGCAGCACAAUAAGGGAACCCUGCCUCCUGGUUUAACAAAGCCACAAGUCCCAAGGGUGUCAGCAACCAUGGGAAGCCAGAAUGCCUCAUGGCAACAUCAGGGAAUGCCAAACCUGAGCAGCCAGCCACCUGGAAACAACAGCGUGAGUCCCUUCACUGCAGCUUCCAGUUUCCACAUGCAGCAGGCCCACCUGAAAAUAUCUGGCCAGCAGUUCUCCCCAGCCAUGCCCAGCAGGCCGAUGGCCCCCAUGAGUUCAGCAGGGGCAGCAGGGUCCAUGCUGCCCCCAGUAAGCACACAGCAAAGGAACAGUGCUCCCGCCCCUGCCCCUCCUCCAGCAGCCCCACAGCAGGGAUUGCCAGGCUUAAGCUCUGCAGGGCCUGAGCUGGGGGCCUUCAGCCAAAGCCCCACCUCACAGAUGAACAGCCGGGCAGGGCUGCAUUGUGCUCAGGCUUACCCUGUGAGGACCAUGGGCCAAGAGCUGCCCUUUGCCUACAGUGGGCAGCCAGGCAGCAGUGGGCUGUCCAGUGUGGCUGGACACACUGACCUGAUCGACUCGCUGCUGAAGAACAGGACUUCUGAGGAGUGGAUAAAUGAGCUGGAUGAUCUUUUAGGACCACAGUAAUGGAGAAAUUUGUGGUGUUUAGUCAUCUUAUAUUUUUGUUCUCAGAUUAAAAAAAAAAAAGCGACUACUUUGGACCAAAAGCUCCUGGCCCAAAGAAGUGGGCCAAUAGAACCUAAGCCACAGCUGAGGCCAGCUCUGAUCAAUACCUGCUGGUCCAGUGGGCUGGCCCAGUCCAUUGGCAUCACUACCUGGGGUUGGGACAGCAGGAUAGAGGUUUAAAAGGUGGCUUCCUACCCAGAUGACCAAAAAGCCAGUGGAAACAAUCAAGGCCCACCAUGUCAGGCUUAUCAAGAAUAUGUGCCAUGCUUUUACCCAAGAUUUAUCCACUCGCCUCAAGGCUGGGAACAAACUUCUGUUGGAAUUUUAAAUAGAAUUAUUUGCAUUUUAUAGCAUAGAAGCAAUUUUUUAAUUUAAGAUGUUUAAGCAGGUUAGAAUAGGUGGUGGUGGUUGUAGUUGUAAGUGGCACUGGAAACCCGGGUUUCCUUAUGAGUUGGAGCCUUUUUUGUUCCUGCUCUGUCAGCUUUCACAGUCACUGGGAAUCAUUGCCACAAGUACAAGUUGUGACUGCAGAUGCCAAAUGAUCAGGAUGCCACAAGAUUGUAGAUCUAGUGGACCAGAUAGGGGCCUUCCUCAAGCUCCUCCUACUUCCUGGUUGCCACUCACUCUUGAGGACACUGGACCCCCCACGGAGUCCCCUCCAUGCCCUUGCAUGGCUAAGUGCUGAAGGUGGAGAUUCAGAGGCCAGCCUUCUGCAUGUCUCUGACGACCGUAUUUACAUAAAAGUGCCAUUCUGUUGUACACAUGGCUUUCCUCCUCCACAUCAUCCCCAUGACCCUUCUUUCUGCCUCCCCUUCCUCUUCCAGCCAAAGCGGGAAACAGUGACUGGCUUAACCGCAUUAGAGGAAGAGUCAAACUCCUUAGGGAGCCUGAGCCUGGCACAGGCUUGGGGAAAGAAGGCUGCAGGCAGCCUGCCAUCUAGGAGUCACUUUAUUCUUUACCCACCAGACUUCUGCUUCUCCCACAGCUGGUAACUUGCACUUUUAAAGUGGUUUUAUAACACUAAACCCAUCCUUGCUAAAGAGUCAAGUGAAUUCUCUUUGAUGGUCUAUUGAUGAAUAUGUCUGACCAGAGAAACCAUGGAAUAGAAUAUGGCCUAUGGGCUGCUGGCAAGCGUGAGCACUUGUCCUCAUCACAAACAAGAUGGUGAGCACAGAUUGAGACCUAUAACAGGAUGGCGGAGGGAGAGGUGUUUGCUUGAGUGACUUCUGUGCAAAGUGGUCUAGGGGAACCACAGCUCUGCUAACUGUCCUGGGGUCCUAGUGUAAAGAACUGAGCCAAGGAAAUGACAAGAGCAGCCUGCGCACUUGGAGGGGUCAGAGGGUAUGCUCACACUGCUAACUAGUUUGCACCGGCAGUGCCUUUUUCCCUGAGGGCACCUAUGCUCUCAGGUCCUUGUCUCUCAUAGCCAUUUCUCCUGCCACCUGUUCUCCCCAGAAACUCAGUUCAGUUCAAAGAAGCAGUUGAGUCAUAAAGCCAGUGAAGACACACCCUCUGAUAGUUCCCCAGCUGUAGAGGGAAGAGGGUAACUUCAGCGGGUUUUCUACCAAAAAUAGGGCCAAGGGCUGGAGCCGAUCCUGGUUCCUCUUCCAGCCUCCUAUAUAGCUGCCACCUCCUGCCUCCAUUGCCGAGGGCACACCUGCUGGCCCCAGCACUCUACCUUAGCCCCAGGCUGGCCACACAGGCAGUGGGCAGCCCCCUUGCUGCAGUGUCAUAGCAAUAAAAUGUGAUUGUUGGGGUCCCCCCAGAGCUGCCCACGGCUUUAUUUAUGAGUCAGGCUUUGAGGAGUUGGGAAGAGGUGACCCACUUCCUCACAUAUCCCAUCUUCUCAGAGCUAUGACUCAAGAAGAAAAGGGUGCUCGGACUUUCUUAUACACAUGUGCUUUGUGUAAAUAAAUGUUUACAAUUUUAUAUUGAAGAUGAAAUAAGUGUUAGAGCGUCCAAUUGUAUAUUUUUUACUUUUAUAGAUUUUAAAACUGAUCCUUUAUAUGUGUUUGGAGCUAUGAUGAGUUUUAUGGCAAACAGUUGGUAUUGUUAAUCUUUUAUGAUCAUCAAAAGUGCAUAAAAGUCCUAUUAAUCCCCUUAUUCUGCUUCCCUUAGCUUUGGUGUACACCAAAAAGAAAUCUUUACUUUCCUUGUGUUAUAAAAAUAAUAAAAAUAUUUUACUAGUAUGGAAA